GCGGCUUAUUGAGAAUGUUGACGCACCAGCGACCAGCGAUGAGAAAAAGCAACUAUGCGUCUUUUAUUCAGAAAAUAACAUACGUUUUGUUUUUAUACACAAAAGCAAUAAUAGCCAGCCUCUUCAAACCAUCCCACGACGUUUAAUCGCAUUAAAGCAUUGAAAGUAGAAGUUUUUGCUGGAUACAGCAAACAUGAAGAGGAAAAUAAUUUCACCCCACCAGUCAAAAGUAAAGAAUGUCAUCAUCACAAAAACACAGCCGACACAAGAGACAAUGACAUCUCCUAAGCCAGUGGACAGUGAUUCUUCACAAGAGAAGAUGCAUCUAAGAAUAUCCCAAAGUGAUAGCUGCUUCUUAAAGUUCUUGAAUGAAGACCGCCAGAAGAUGCCAUCAUUCUGUGACACAACUGUCACGGUCAGUGGAAUGAUGUAUAAUGCCCACAAGGUGGUUUUGGCUUUUGGCAGUAACUAUUUUCAUGCCAGAUUUAGCGAAAAUCCUGAAAUGCACCAAGUUACCAUUGAUAACAUGGAAGGAUCCAUCUUUGGGCACUUGCUUAACUUUCUAUACACUUCUGAAUUUGAGGUUUUGGAAAACCAGAUCCCUGCUUUGGCUAAAGCUGCCUGCUUUCUGGAUAUGAUAGAAGCUGUAAAUCUUUUAGCAAAGUGGGAGACACCAGCUCAUGUUCAUGAAGAAAGUGAUGUCCAGCAGGUUCCACAGAAGACCACAGAUGUUCAAAAAGAUGUCCAAAGUUCAGUCGUUGCACAGUGCUCUUUUUGCAGUCGCUCUUUCCGCUACAGAAAGUCUUUGGAGAAUCACCUGGCCAAGAGACAUAGUGCUGAGGAAGAUCAAAAUACGGUGAUCACUACCCGAAGAUCUGCCCGUCAAAGAAAGACACCGGUUAAAUUUGAGAACCAGGAAAAUGAAAAUAAUCACAUGCUGCAAGGAAACCCCAGUGAAAAAACAACAAAGGAUGAUGCAGCCACUUUUGAGGACGAGGAGGAAGAGGAUGAUGAAAGUGAAGAAGAGCCACAGAAUGAGCAGGGAGGACAAAGCAGUAAGGAAGUCAGAGAAGAACCAUCAGCCUUUGAAGUCGAGGAUGCCGAGUGUGAAGAUGCAAGUGAGAAGCAAGGGGAGGAACCAACGGCUGAACUCAGUAAGACUGUGGACCAAGUUGAUCCCCAAAAAGAAGCAGAACCAGGAUCCAGCAAUGUUGUUGAAAAGCAAAGUCAAGUGACGGAAAUCACCAGUCACGUCUUUCCAGAAGGACUGGCUCCUGUCAUGAUUGACAGCGCUAAUAAAAAGACUCUUAAGUGUCCCAAAUGUGACAAGACCUUUGAUCGCAUAGGUAAAUAUGAGAGUCACACCAGAGUGCACACUGGAGAAAAGCCUUUUCAGUGUGACAUCUGUUUUCAGUGCUACUCCACCAAAUCAAACCUCACUGUGCACAAGAAGAAACACGAAGGUGAUGCGCCCGUCCAGAAAAAAGACCACAAAUGUCCCUUCUGUAACAAGCUUCAUGCCAGCAGGAAGACUCUCGGCAGGCAUGUGAAGAGAUUUCAUCCUGACCACCUGCAGGAGUUUCUUACUCAAAAGAAGAAGAAGAGUGAAGGCUGGAAAUGUGAUAUCUGCCACAAGUCUUUCACUCGUCGCCCCCAUCUGGAGGAACACAUGAUUUUACAUUCACAGGACAAGCCUUUCAAGUGUGCCUACUGUGACGACUACUUUAAGUCACGGUUUGCUCGCUUGAAACAUCAAGAAAAGUUUCAUUUAGGGCCCUUCCCUUGUGAGAUCUGUGGUCGACAGUUUAAUGACACCGGCAACCGUAAACGUCACAUUGAGUGUACACAUGGUGGGAAGAGAAAGUGGACCUGCUAUCUAUGUGGCAAAUCCGUUCGUGAGAGGACAACUCUUAGAGAGCAUAUGAGGAUUCACAGUGGGGAGAAACCUCACCUGUGCAGCAUCUGUGGACAGAGCUUUCGUCAUGGGAGCUCCUACAGGCUACAUCUUCGAGUUCACCAUGAUGACAAGCGCUAUGAAUGUGACGAAUGCGGCAAAUCAUUCAUUCGCCAUGAUCAUUUGAAGAAACACAAAAAAAUUCACACAGAGGAGAGGGCCCAUCAAUGUGAGGAAUGUGGAAAAUGUUUCCGCCGGGCUGAUCACCUGACCGUCCAUUAUAAAAGUAUUCACCUGGGAGAAAAGAUCUGGAGAAGGUACAAAGCAGUAGUGCAUCAGUGUCAGGUAUGCAAGAAAGAGUUCAGGGGCAAGACCAACCUCAUGUCGCAUUUAAGAACGCAUUCAGGUGAGAAACCCCAUCGCUGCAUGAUCUGUAACCAGACCUUCCGCAUCAAGAAGACUUUGACCAAACACAUGGUCAUCCACUCAGACGUGCGCCCAUUCAACUGCCCACACUGCAGUGCCACCUUCAAGCGCAAGGACAAGCUCAAGUACCACGUCGACCAUGUGCACAGCGCCCGCAUGCUAGACCAGCAGCAACAAAACCUGACUCCAGCCUCUCCUAGCAAACUUCCCGAGCCCCUGCCUCCAAACGAAACACCCAAAGCAUACCACAACACCGCUAAGACUGUGCUGCAGAGUGUAUCGGUUGAUGUAUGUGUUCCUGUAACGCUGGUUCCUGUGCAGAUGACCGAAGUAGCUGAUCUGGCAGUGCACGGGGUGCCACAUGGUGUCCUUCCAGCUGUGAGCCAGCAGCAGCAGACUGGAUACCAGCCAGCUACUGAUUUAGUUUUCUUAGAAAAGUACACACUGACACCUCAGCCGACUAAUAUAGUGCACCCAGUGAGGCCGGAUCAGAUGCUGGACCAUAGAGAGCAGUCAUACUUGGGCACCCUACUGGGUCUGGACUCGGCUACAUCUGUGCAAAACAUGGCUAAUGCUGAGCACACCCAUUAAUGGAACUAGUGUCACACAAUCAGUGCUAACACAUGAACUUUUUAUUCCUUUCUUAUUUAUAUUUUCAAAACAUUUACUUCGGGCAGCAGUUAGUGAUGGAUUUUAAAGGAGCAAAAAAGAAAACGUGUCGUUUUUACAUAUCUCCAUGUUGUUCUUGACUGUGCAAACACACUUAAAAACUUGCAGCUAUUGUCCAUGAAAUGACUGUGACCACAUCUAUCAACCUCAAAAGAGCACAAAAAAAAACACCAUGAAAGUGGGUUAUAUAAACUGUUAUAUUUUGUGUUCUUAAGGCAUAUAAUACUUUAAAGGAAAACACCACCGUUUUUCAAUAUUUUAUUAUGUUCUUACCUCAACUUAGACAAAUUUAUACAAACCUAUCUUUUUUCAGUGCGUUCACUUAAUCUUUGUACAGCGUGUCGUGAAUGUGUUAGCAUUUAGCCUAACCCCAUUCAUUCCUUAGGAUCCAAACAGGGAUGAAUUUAGAAGCCACUAAACACUUCCAUGUUUUCCCUAUUUAAAGACUGUUACAUGAGUAGUUACAUAAGUAUGGUGGCACAAAAUAAAACGUGGUGAUUUUUUAAGUGGAUAAAAAAAGAGAACUAUAUUGUAUGGGGGAAGAGCACUUAGUUUGCAGCACUUUGACGAUGGCGCACAGUAACAACAUCACUCCUGACUACUCCUCCUCUCGCUCAAACUUAGUCAAUAUUACUGCGCCCGAGGUCGAAUGCUAACACAUUCACGACGUGCUGUACAAAGAUUAGGUAUAUGAAAAAAGGUAUGUAUUAAUCAAUCUAAGAUUAGGUAAGAACAUAGUUAAAACACAGUAAAAUGCUGAAUGAAUUUUAAUACAGUCUGCAAAUGUUAAAAUAUCUCUGAUUCUAACCAUCCUUUUGUGGUCCUUAUAUCUGAAAGAGGGAAAUUUAUGUGCAGUGCUGGUUUAUAAGUGUUCAAUUUUUAAUCGUCUCAAAUAACCCACAACCUAAAACCCAAAUUAAUCCCCUCCCUCUUGUUUGUGUCCCUGUAAAUAAAACUGAAUAGAAAGCUAGGUAUUUUAUUCUUUUCCAGGCUUUUUUUGGUUCGCUGUGUAUUCCAUGUUUUAACCCUUUAAAUUUGAUCUUUGGAGAUUCUUUUAGGAUGUUUACUAUCAACCAAUAUUUAAUUUUAUACACAACUUUUUAAAUAGUAUUAAUGGCACUCAACGGGCGUUUUCAAACGAAAGGCUGCGUCCUUCGAAGGGCGCAUUUGUAGACUGCAUACGUCAUAAAAAUUGUCUUAUUUAACAAUAUUAACCCUUAUAAAGUUUACUAUUAUACUAAGUUAAUCGUAAAUUGUUGUAAUAAGCUUCUGAUUUACGAAUGUAAUGCUCAGUUAACUGAAAUAUACCAACCUGCAUGUCCUCCGCAGUGAGCAGCCUUCCGUUAGAGAAACCGCCAAUCAGUUCAGAAAAACUAGCAUGUUCCACUUCAUGCGGUACUGUGCAGACCGAUGCAGCGUAUGACAUCAAAGUCCCGCGAGAAUUAUUCGACAACAGCUUUCUAUUCGCGAUACUUUGAUGUCAUACGCUGAUCGUUUGCGCAGUGACGCAAAAAGAACACACCUAAAUACUUGAGUAACGCUGCCCCCUUCUGGUAAAAUACCAGAUGUUAGUUAAGCCAGUACAUUAUUUGAUUGUUAAAUACACCUUAUACAUAAGAAGUAGGAUUGCAUUAAAAUAUCGUCAAUGGGAUCAUUUUCAAAUGAGAAAAAAGUAACGGAUUAGGCUUUUAUAACCUUUUAACUAGCGGCCCAUGUCAUUCUCACAUAAGUUAUUUGGUAUGGCAUUCAUCAUAAAGGAAAAGCCUUGAGUUUAUAAAUUGAGUUAAGCUUGUAAUAGUAUGUUGUGUAUUUUAUAAUUUAACAGAUACGUUUUCUCUAGUCUUAUGUAAACUUUUUGUCAAUUUUGAGGUUUAAAAAAAAUCAU